UUCAUGAGCACACGGGAUUACAUUUUAGGGUUGAGGAUAGGCUCUGACGUUUCCUCACAGAAGUUUCGCUCCCGGCUGUUAACGAAAAAAUAAAUUGAUAGGGGGCCGCGAAUAUUGAUAAUGUAGGCUGUGUUACCCGUACGGACACUUCACAACUUCAGCUCGACCCCUGCCUCGCCGGAGGAAGCAGUCUUCCACGAUGGACUCUCCGUACCACUUUGAAAGCGCGAACUUGACUUGGAGCACAGCGACACAAGAGCACCCGGUAUGCGCGGACUGGAAGGACACCCCGGAAGGGUCCGUCUUUCACUUGGCCAAUAUUUUCUUGGUCCUUGGUUUCAUGGGAGGUAGCGGCUUCUAUGGGCUACUUUACCUGUUUUUCUUCUUGGCGCUCGGGUUCUUCUGCUCCUCAAUCUGGGCUUGGUCCGACGCCUGUACCACAGACUCAUUCUCGUGGAAUUUCGCUCUUUUUGUGAUAUGUGUCGUCCAGAUUGUCCAUGUCGCCUAUCGACUCCGGAGUGUUACAUUUGACAAAGAGUUCCAGGAUUUGUACGGCUAUAUGUUCAAAAGAUUGGGAGUGUCUCUCACAGAGUACGGCAAGAUUGUGACAUGUAGCGAUGGGGACAUCCACACCAUCGAGAAGGAUCACUACUUUGCCAUGGAAGGAAAAACAGCAAUCGAUAAACUUUCUAUUCUACUGUCCGGCAGAAUUCGAGUUACGGUAAACGGGGAGUUUUUGCACUACAUUUACCCCUUCCAGUUCAUCGACUCACCGGAAUGGGACUCGCUCCGACCAUCUGAGGAUGGCGUGUUUCAGGUGACACUGCGAGCAGAUAAUCCGUGUAGAUACGUUGCCUGGAGACGAAAGAAGCUCUAUUUGCUCUUCGCCAAGCACCGCUACAUAGCGAAGGUGUUCGCCCUCCUCGUCAGGAAUGAUAUUGCGGACAAAUUGUUCUCGCUCAACGACAAGGCGUUCGACAGCAGCGGAUUCCGAUACGAUCUCCGCUUACCCAGCUUCUGUCACGUGCCGGCACCCGAAUUAGAACAGGCCGGGGGAUUUCUGACCGCCCCGGAAAAGCAAGGACAGCAUAUUAAAAGCACCCCGACACAGACCACAACAUGAUCGACCGCAGGCUGUCGUUCAUUAGCUUAAUACUGAUUUUUGCUUUGUUCGUUGAAUCACAGAGAUCGCUUUCCCCCACAUGCACAAAGAACAGACUAAGUUUCAACUUUAGAUCUGUAGGCUAGGUUAAUAGGUUAACUUCCAACCACGAUCCAUCCCCAGUGUGUCUUCAACUAUCCAGAAGUUAGAAAUCUUAAGAUGAUUUGUGAUAGUAAUUUAAAAGAUGUAAUUCACAAAGUGUAUGAAUGUAAAAUGACCCCAUUCUUUGACGUCAAAGACUGUCUCGGACUGAAAACUUGUGGGGGGCAGAGCGGUGGGGGGUAGCCCAACCCAACCCGGCUUUAAUAAGAGAGGGUGAAAAUUGACACCGAGUAACUGGAUGUGCAACCAGUUCCAAUUUCAGUUUUAAAAUUGAAUGUAUGAUAUGAAUUGACUUCAUUCAGGGUGCUAAGCGACCAAAACAGUUCUCCUGACCUAUGGAAGAAAGGCGCCUGGUGUUGUGGAGAUGGAAGCCGGAACGCAAUACUGUCUCUCGUGUACUUAAAUUAACGCUCUCUUUUUUAGCCAGUUGUGGCUAAACUAUUUAUAUCACAGCUGAACUUAGAAUGUACUGUUUGCUAGCCGGGGAUCCCCGCACUUCCGCCGCCAGUUUUGUCGUUUUCGUAACGUGAAAAGGCGAUGAUACAUUUCAGUUUUGUUCAGAAUAGACAUCGUUUCUUCUCCAGCUGUACUCGGUGUUCCUGUUGUUUCUUAUGAAAUGCACCUUUAUCUGUUGCUUUACUUUCGCUGAAGUUUUGCAACUUGUUUACAUGGGUGUUGGUCUAUAGGACCUAGUCUAUAGGAGCCAGUUUACUAUUAGCAUAAGAAAAUAGGCUGUCUUUCAUGAAGAUGCCAUAGCAUGGUAUUUGCUCUGGAGAAUGCAAUGUGGAAUUUUUAUUUGACUCAUGGAAGUCUCAUUUCAUAUUGGGUUUGAAUUUGGAUUCUGCUAUGAUAACAACAGUUGUAAAUAUGACUUUUUAUACAUUUUCCGUCCGAAGAAAACAAACUUUUCACCAACGACUAAAUGCAUUUUGGUUAGGUGUACGGUUUUUGCAAGCAGACUCUUCAAUACGUUGAUUCUGAUGCCUCUGCGGGUGUCUCCGCGUCGCCCACUGCGUUCGUGUUUUUCUCCGCGCUCAGCCGACCAGCCCGACAAAGCUAUGUGCAAGUGAGGUCAAUGGGUUUGCCUUGAAGUCUUUGUUCUCUGCAGUGCUUUACCUUUAAUUUUUUCCACCGCUGUCCGUGGUACUGAUUGUAUGGCGCACGCACCUUUAUUCACACGCAAUGGGUUGACAGCAAAACGCCAAGGUCACACUAUAUGCUCUUUUCCUUCCGGGCAGUGCUGAGACGAGCCCAACGCAUUUGUUCCUUUGGCUCAAACGUUGUGUAGAUCAAGGAAAUGACAAGUGUUUCUUGUUGCAAGCAGCGCGAUCUUUUCUUUCAAAAUCAAGACGAUCACUGAUAAAACUAACGCACUUUUUUUGCUAAAACCAGCACAACUGAUUGUUAUAGGCUAUAUUCCUGAUGUACAAAUAUAAUUUUCUUCAGUAAAUUACUCCGGAUGUACAAAGCUUACUAUGCCCAUUAAUAAUUCAAAUGACCAUUUAGCUGUGUGUGUCAGCGUCAUCACAUACAGAUGUUUCAGCAUAUUUUGACUUUG